AUGGUUAGCGUCGCAGAUAAUUCUUUGAAAACAAAUAUCCACCAGUACCACAUUGUUGGCAGAGCCAUUCCAACCGAAAAAGAUAAGAAUCCAAAUGUAUACCGAAUGUGCAUUUUUGCCAAGAAUGACACGAAUGCGAAAUCGCGAUUUUGGUACUUUAUGAAAAAAAUAAACAAACUGAAAAAGUCAAAUGGAGAAUUACUAGCGUGUGAGCUAAUAAGGGAAAGGUUUCCCCUUCGCGUAAAGAACUAUGGGGUGUUACUACGUUAUGAUAGCCGAACGGGUACUCAUAAUAUGUACAAAGAAUUCAGGGACACCACAAAGGAAGGAGCCAUUUCACAACUGUACUCCGAAAUGGCAGGAAGGCAUAGAGCGAGAGCAUCCUCCAUCAGUAUCAUCAGGAUAUCAGAGAUAAGUCCCAAGUUGGUGCGAAGGCCACAUAUUAAACAGAUGCUUAAAAAGAGGCUACGAUUCCCUGCUCUGCAUUUGCCCACCUUGAAAAAGGAAUACAGAAGGAAAUACGCAGCGAAGAGGCCCUCCACAUACAGAAUGUAA